AUGAGAAUGGAGGCAUACAAUGCCAUGAUGUCAGAUAUUGUACAUAAUCUGCCUCACGAGGAGAACAGCUCUAGGGUACACCAUAACAUCAAUUCUGAGAGUUCGUGCCGUGGAUUGGAUUCCAUUUGCGCAGUUUCAUACACCACCUCAAUCGAGAACGGGACCCCCCGCUUCAAUUCUAAUGAUUUAAAAUCGGUGGCAGGUCACUCAGUUACUACGGCAAGGGGAAAGUCUUUGUCGCCACCUAGACCGGCCAUCGGCAGCAAAUUGGAGGACGUGCUGCAUAUCGGAGGUCACUUUGACCAAACCAUACCACUGAACACAUUGGAAUCUAUGGUUGAUGCAAAAUAUCUCGCCAAUGACACGGUUGAAUAUCUACCACCCAAGGAAACAGUGGAAUACGGACUCGGUGGCCAUAAGCCACGAAUCGCUAAGCAUAAAACACGCUAUUCCACCGAUUCAGGUCCAGUGAACAUUAUCGGUGGUUUACACUGCGUAUCUACUAUAUAUACAACGAUAUCUCUUGGGUGUAUGUUUAUAGCGUUGCUAAUUCCAGCUUUAUUUCACCUUUGUUGUCAAUUCCGGCUUUACGGAAGUUUGUGGAGUUUGUCCGAGCAUAUCCCAGACACAGACAGAACUAAGGAUGCAGGAACAUAUCUCAUGAAGGGCACAAAGACCGUGAUAGACCAUUUAAGUGAAUUUGAGAAUUUCUUCUUUGUGGGAGUAUUUUUGUAUUUGUUCAUUCAAGUGAUAGGUUUUUAUGCAACACAUGCAAGAAUUCGCCGCUAUCUUUGGAGGUUGUGUUUCAUCUCUGUGGAACUGUCAAAACGCGAAUUUCUCUACGGCAGCAAACAACGUGCUAUGGAACAUUUUUCGGAUUACGUUAAACGUCUUUAUCGCAUCCAAACACAUGCGUGUACACAAACGGAGCAAAAUCUAGUAAGGGCGUUUGACGAGGCGUCCUCGAAGUUUGACAACUACCAAGUAGACAACACAUGGCACAAAAUCGCAUUUCUGAGGUACAGGAUUAUGUUUGUCAGGAUUUAUGUACCCGUUCUCAUCAACGUGGUACUCUCCUUGGGCGCAACGGCGUUCGUUUACGACAGACGUUUCCGUAUGUACCACAAGGUUCCGUUAGCCCACCCCGACUUAAUUUCCAAUCUUUAUUGGUACGCUGCAAUUCAAUACGAGGGAUUCUGGUGCAUUUUUGGAAUGUUCUUGCUCAAUUUUGCCACAUGGCUGUAUCUGUGUCACAUCAAUGUACAUAAGACCCUAUUUGGUAUGCUGGAGGAAACGCACAACCAGAUAAAAGCCGUAAUCUUUGAUUACAGUAGUAAGCUAGCAAAAGACAUUUGGGACAAUCAGAUGUUGUUGUUUUCUUCAACCAUAUACGCUAUGGACUCAAACAAGGUCAACCGGUCUCCUACGUACGUCCCCUUGAGGCUGGAAACGGCGAAUAGUCAAAUUAAUUUCGGGAGUGUGGCAUCAAACGAAGGCAAAAGGCCAUGUCUUUGUAAUUUUUUGUGUAUGCCAGAUGUGGAAGAAUACGCACAAGGUCCACCAUCUUUUGUUGGUACUUCGCCCUUUGAAGACUUGCACAUUCCUCUGCUAGAACCAGGGCUACACGGCAAUUACAAACGCAAAUUCGGGGCUACGAUGCAUUAA